AUGCGAAGACAAGGAGUGGAGGAAACAUCUGUGAAACACCAUUGUGUUGGGCCAAGUAGAAGACAAAAGCUUCUCUUCAGCAGGAGAGAUGAAGCCCGCAGUAAUAGUGAUAUAAUAUCUGUACUAAAUCUGGAUGACAAUAACAUCCAGUCAGAGGGCGUGGGCUACAUAGCAGAUGUUCUCACAGCAAAAACAGUAAUAACCGAAUUGGUGCUUUCCCACAAUGCCAUAGGUAAAGAAGGCUUUGAGGAACUGUGUGACGUAUUAGAAGACAAUUUAACUAUACGGGUACUUGAUAUACGAGGCAAUCACCUAAAAGAUGAUUCUGCGCCGUUAUUUGCCAAGGUCAUCGAGAAUAAUAUCCACCUGAAAGAUGUUAACCUUAGCCAUAAUGACUUCCGUGGAAGCGGCGCUGUAGCCCUAGGGUUGUCACUAAGAAACAAUGAUACCAUCGAGUACAUGGAUCUCAGCUGGAAUCACCUGAGAGGUAGAGGUGCAAUAUCAAUUGGUAUCGGACUCAAGGAGAACCUUGGGCUGAAGAUACUCAAGUUGGGAUGGAACGGAUUUGCAAAUGACGGUGCGGAAACCAUAGGGAAGGCAUUGGCUCGUAACAGUACCCUGUUGGAACUGGAUCUAACAAACAACAGAAUUGGGACAAUUGGUCUUGGGCAUAUUGUAAAAGGUCUGCAGAAGAACUACACGCUAGUUGCUCUCAAGCUCGGUCAUAACCCACUGAGAAUGGUCGCCUGUGAAACAAUUCUUCAAAGUAUAAUAAAACACUCCUCAAUUGCACUGAAAGAACUUGAUUUACGUGAUAUUCCUGUCAGCAAAGAUUUUAACAAGCUCCUGAAGCAGGUCAGACAAACUAGGAUAUUUGUCACAGUUACUGGACAGGAACUGGUUGGAGACCUUAUAGAAGGGGAAGAUGACGGAUUGGAUUGGAAUAAGGAUCCUAGGACAGUUCUGUUUGAGUAUAUGAAAAGGGAAGGAUUCAGAGUUAUCGAUCUAUUCAAAAAGUUAGAUACGGAUAACAGCAACUCGUUAACCAGGAACGAAUUCAAGAAUGGGUUACUGGACAUCGAGGUGCCCCUGACAGAGUCUCAACUGGACAAGCUUCUAGAUAUAGUAGAUGAGGACAAAAGCGGUGACGUUGAAUUAAAGGAGUUGAUUAACGCCGAACGCCAGUUCAAACGAGAGCAAUUGGCGCGGACAGUGGCAAAGGAACAACGGGAACGACUGGAACGAGCCAAACGGAAACAAACAAUCAAAGAUGGAAAGAGCAAUCAGAAUAUGAACGACCUCAAUUUGUCUAAAUUACCACCGAUAACGAACACCAAACCAAAAUAGAGUGUUAACAGAAUCCCGAAUAAAAUGUUGAAAUGCUGUAUAUUGAUUUUUUUUUAAAAAUGAUUACCAGUAAUUUGUUUUUGUUGGUUUUAUUUGGAACUCGUACACGAUACCCCAUCACAGACAUAUACCCUAAUAGAGAGGAGAUACUAAGGGCCAACAAAACAUGUACAGUAUAGACCAAUUUACAGAAAGAUAAUUUCCCAAAAAUUCUUGACCAACCAAAUUCCAAACUUUGCUUACAUGUAUCUUUGUGUGUUUCCAUCACUGACAUUCAUACAUUUACAAAUGCUCAUUCA